CUGGACAUGGCUUACGACCCGACAGAAGACAUUACCCUACCCAAUGACACAGGAAACAACUCUUCCCCGUGCACCAAUGACUAUUGUGUUUCAGAUGAGGACUAUCUGGCAAUGAUCGAGGACUACAUAUUCCCCACCCCUUAUGAGUGGAUACUUAUAACAAUGCACUUGACGGUCUUCUUGGUGGGCCUGGUUGGAAAUGCGUUGGUUUGUGUCUCUGUAUAUCGCAACCAUAGUAUGAGAACCGUCACCAAUUAUUUCAUCGUUAACCUGGCUUUUGCUGAUUUCUUGGUCAUCCUUGUAUGCUUACCACCGACGGUGCUUUGGGAUGUGACAGAAACGUGGUUUUUUGGUAGCGUAACCUGUAAGCUUGUUCUAUAUUUACAAAGUGUCUCCGUCAGCGUAUCUGUGUUGACUCUCACUUUCAUAUCUGUCGACCGUUGGUACGCCAUCUGCCAUCCUCUCAGCUUCAAGAGUACCGCAGCCAGAGCGAAAACAUCCAUCCUCAUCAUCUGGUUGCUGUCCACCGUCGUCGUUCUACCGGAGGUGGUUGUACUGGACACCAAGAAGCACACUUUACCACUGGAAACAGCCUACUUGACAGACUGUACGUACACCUGGAGCGAGAACAGCACUCGGAUAUACCAACUGUUCCUCGUCCUCUUCCUGUAUGUGUUUCCUUUCCUGCUGAUGGCUGUUGCUUACUAUCAGAUUGCGCGUGUUUUGUGGAAUAAGAACAUACCAGGAUCUUCAGAAACAAAUCACCACCCAGCUCGAACAGCUGCUGUGUCCCAAAAGAAUGGAAAAAAUGGUGCAACUGUUCGUCUAAUAACAGUCAAUCCAAGCUGCGAAAGCCAAAUUCAGUCACGAAGAAAAGCGGCGAAAAUGCUAAUAGCCGUUGUAGUUAUUUUUGGGCUUUGCUACCUUCCAGUACAUCUCAUAAACGCUCUCAGAUAUACAGUUGGAUUGCCACAAACAACAGCUACAACAGUGGCUUCUCUCAUGUCCCACUGGUUGUGUUAUGCCAACAGUUCAAUCAAUCCCAUCAUCUAUAACUUCAUGAAUGGGAAAUUUCGCAAAGAAUUCAAGAAUUUCCUGUGCUGUCGCUGUUGUGACAAAGAUUACAUGUCACGCCAGCGAAACAACUUGACGGGCACUAAAUACAGAUUUACUACAUCAGUCACGCAAAUGGAGAACAUCAAUCUUACCACCAUUGAAAAGACGUGA